AUGGUUUUGAUACACGCAAAUUACGCACACACUAAACCGCCCCCGCGCAGUCGCAGUGAGAUCUCGCCACCCCACCCAACUCACUUGUCGUCCAAAGCCGGCAAAUUCUUCUACACCCCUGCGAAAAGAAAGAAGAGGAGUAGAUUGGCGUCGGUGGAAGUCGACAUGACGACGGAAACAGCGACGCCUAACCAGGUAAGUCCGAAUAGUUUUGCCGCAAUGUGGCGGCAGGCGCUGCCAUCACUAGCUCGUGUCAAGGACAUUGGCCUCUAG